AUCUAUGGUUUGAUUCCUGAUGCUGAAUUUUUUAUUGACGUUUCAUUUUGGGGGCGGAUUCAUAUUCUUCAUCAAUUCUUUGUAAAAAUACAAGGAUUGCCUAAAAUGAUAGUAACAAUUUUCGCACUCUGAUGUCUACGUUAUAAGGAGCUGGUAUUCCAACCUUCAAAAUGAUUGGGGGCUUGUUCGUGUACAAUCAUAAGGGCGAGGUGUUGAUAUCGAGGGUCUACAGAGAUGAUAUAGGGCGGAAUGCGGUGGAUGCGUUCAGAGUGAACGUUAUUCAUGCUCGCCAGCAAGUUCGCUCGCCAGUUACAAAUAUCGCUCGUACUUCCUUCUUUCAUAUUAAAAGGGCAAACAUAUGGCUGGCAGCGGUUACAAAGCAAAAUGUGAAUGCCGCUAUGGUGUUUGAGUUUCUGCUGAAGAUCAUUGAUGUGAUGCAGUCAUACUUUGGCAAGAUCUCCGAAGAGAACAUUAAAAACAAUUUUGUUCUUAUCUAUGAACUUCUUGAUGAGAUCCUUGACUUUGGAUAUCCACAAAACUCUGAUACGGGUGUUUUGAAGACCUUCAUCACUCAGCAAGGAAUAAAAUCUGCAUCCAAAGAGGAGCAAGCUCAGAUAACUUCACAGGUGACAGGUCAAAUUGGAUGGCGUCGUGAAGGCAUCAAAUACAGGCGCAAUGAGCUCUUCCUUGAUGUACUUGAAUAUGUCAACCUCUUGAUGUCACCUCAAGGUCAAGUACUAUCAGCUCAUGUGGCUGGUAAAGUGGUGAUGAAGUCUUACCUCUCCGGCAUGCCAGAGUGCAAGUUUGGCAUCAAUGACAAGAUUGUUAUGGAGGCCAAGGGUAAAGGAAAUGGUGGUAUAUCUGGCAACACGGACAGCGAGGGCGCCCGUUCCGGCAAGCCGGUGGUCGUCAUAGAUGACUGCCAGUUCCACCAGUGCGUGAAGCUCAGCAAGUUUGAGACGGAGCACUCCAUCUCCUUCAUACCGCCUGACGGAGAGUUUGAGCUCAUGAGAUAUCGCACAACCAAAGACAUAUCGCUACCGUUCCGCGUGAUUCCGCUGGUGCGCGAGGUGGGUCGCACCAAAAUGGAGGUGAAAGUGGUCCUCAAGUCCAACUUCAAGCCGUCCCUCCUCGGCCAGAAGAUCGAAGUGAAGAUACCCACUCCGCUGAACACUAGUGGCGUGCAGCUGAUAUGCUUGAAGGGCAAGGCCAAGUAUAAGGCCUCGGAGAAUGCUAUUGUGUGGAAGAUCAAACGCAUGGCUGGCAUGAAGGAGACACAGCUGUCAGCGGAGAUUGAGCUGCUGGAGACGGACACCAAGAAGAAAUGGACCAGACCGCCCAUCUCCAUGGGCUUUGAGGUGCCCUUCGCACCUUCCGGCUUUAAGGUCCGCUACCUGAAGGUGUACGAGUCGAAGCUGAACUACUCCGACCACGACGUGAUCAAAUGGGUGCGCUACAUCGGGCGCUCCGGCCUCUACGAGACCAGAUGCUAAUAAAUACAGUUGUUUAUUCAUUUUUUUUUAGAUUACAAAUGAAAUCGAUUCCCUAGAUCAAGUGGACAGGCCUCUCCGAGACCAGAUGCUGGUUUGAAUUCAAUGUUGAGUCUGUUUAAGAUUGAAAUAUAAAAUCGUAUUU